CUCCUCAGCUUGUAUCCAAUUAUUCGUUCUGUAGACACCCUUUCAUAUAUUUCGGCAUCGACAUUUUUGCUGCAGAUGUGAGUUACUUUGUGACAACCCGAGCACUCUGUCGAAAUGUAUAACUCCUACGGCGGAUACGAUGAGAAUCCCGACGACCAGAAGGAGGAGGAGGAGGAGGAAGAGGAGGAAAGCGACGACGAGGAAGAGGAGGAAGAAGAGGAAUACGAUUACGCUAUUGAACUUUACCGCGCAAUCGAGGCAGACGAAAGAACAGUAUUACGUGGCCUCCUUGACAAUGGAGCAGACGCGGGAUUGAAACCUUUCGAGGACAAGUCGAGGGCUCUCCUCCAUAUUUGUUGCGACAAGGGACACAUAGAAUGUGCCAGAAUCCUGCUGGACUAUGGUGCUGCUAUCGGGGUAACAGACGAAUGGGGCAUGACGCCACUGAUGUACUGCAUGAUGCGACAGGACAUGGGAAUGGCAAAAAUGUUAUUAUCACGUGACGCAGACAUUAUGCAUUGUCAGGAUAUUGAAGGUAGGUCUGCUCUUCACAUGGCCGUAGAAACAGGACAGCCGGAAUUCGUCGAGUUUUUGUUAAAGAACUCCGCAAAUGUGAAUUCGAUUACAGACAAUGGAAUCACGCCACUUAUGGUGCUGUGCAUGAAUUCUAACAUUGAGAACAAAGUGACGUUAGGGCGAAUGCUCAUCGAGGCUGGUGCGGAUGUUUCUAUGCGGGAUUACAAGUGUAAACGAACAGCCUUGCACAAUGCAGUAAUUAACGGGAAUUUCGAGCUGUUCGAAAUCCUAUUAUGUGCAGGCUCUAAUCCAAACUUGCUAGACGUGACCGGAAGGAGUCCAUUGACCAAUCUAAUCUGCCGGCAUGCGCGGAUCUCAGACCGGCAACCGGAUGUAAGUGAUGACGUUUUGGCCGCCGCCAUUCAGCUGAUACAGGCGGGAACGGAUCUAAACAACAACAUGUGUGAAUACAGCAACCCUCUGGUCAACGCCGCGUUCGUCCGUGCCUCACAGCUUGUACGACUCGUUCUCGACAAUGGAGCCGACCCGGAUAUCACAUUUCGGAGUGGCACAACGGCCUUACUUGUGUCUGUAAUGAAGCAUGACAUGCCAUGUAUACGAGCUUUACUGCAGUGGAGCUGUCGGCUCGACAUGAAGGGGCGGGUCGCUUUCAACAAAUACGAUGAGCUCGUGCUGGACCCGAUGGAACUAGCGAUUGAAAAGGGAUUUUGGGAUGUGGUGGUGGCGCUAUUGUCGGCCGGAUACAACGUCAGUCGACUACCGUACCUCAUGCAAGGUUACACCGGAAACGCUCCAAAAACGCUCACAGUAAACCCGGAAAUGCAUUCGUUCCUUCAAUUCCGGGCUAGGCAUCCUCUGUUAUUAUUUCACUCCGCAAUACUCGCUGUUUUCAAGGCGUUGCAUAGAAAUACCAAUGUCAAGUUGGACGAGCUUCCGAUUCCUGAAGUUAUGAAACGAUUUAUGCGCAAAGGCGAGUUUUGUGAACCAGGAAAUGAAGGACAUAUCAAGGAUGUUGACACGCUCAAAUUCUACUUCAAAGCUAUGGCGUUUGUGUGAAUACAAUUUAAAAAAACAACAACGUUUUUAUGUUCAAAAGCAAAAACUUUUCUCUGAGGAUGACUAUUCAGAGCAUUGUAGUUAUUCAGUGUUUUGUAGAUUAAUUAAUAGUACUUAAUCACGUGACUAAAUGAGCCAUAGAAAAUUAAACUUUUUUGGGAAAGGAAUUUAUAUUUAGCGAAAAGCUUGUAUACCAAUCCCUCUGAUAAUGUAUGCAUAUUAUAAUUAUGUAAGCCUAUCGAAUAAAAACGCUGGUAAAAC